UAUAUAUAUAUAUAUAUAUAAAAAAUAUUUCACGUUCCAGGUCAAAUUAGCCAAAUCAGUUCCUAAUCAUAUUGAUUGAGCAGGCAAAACUCAAUCUUUUUAAACACCAUGCAUGGGGCUACAACCAGUGAGCAUCCUCCAUCCCAGACAUCUCACCCUGGGACUUCAGACAUUGGCAGGCAUCCUACAUGCAGGCCCAAGCCUGGAGGUCUUGGGGUUCGGAUGUCCCCAGAUGCUACAGGCAAGCAUCCUCCAUCCCAGACUCUUUACUCCGGGACUUCAGAUACUCCCUACACUCAAUUUUAAUCCCAUAAAAGGCCAGUACAACACUUGAUUUUAGCUCACCGGAGGCCGAAGCGUCUGCACAGUCAGCCCCUUUGCAAUGCAGGAGGCAGAUGCUGCCUGCACCACCAAUCUCUCCCCCCAAGGCCAGGCUCCUCCACUGGUGCCUGGCAGUGUUCACCCAUCUCUCUCUUCACUAUCAUGCAGGCCCAUGGGUCAUGGCUCUCUGAUGCUGCCCACCAUCGCAAUCCAAACCCCCCUAGAGAUGUGCUCCCACCUCCCAUCAGGGGUAGACGCAUGCUCAGGCACCCCCAGGACCCAGGGCUCGGUGUCAGGCCCAGGUGCUGACACACUCGUGGCCCAGUCACUUCCCCUCACCAUGCCUUUGCUCUCUUCUCUCCUCUCUCUUGCAAAUGCUCCCUUUCCCAGGAAAUCUGUCCGUGGCCCAUAUCACGGUUUAUGCCCCAGCAGAGUUGAACCCUGGCUGCGGCAGGGGAGUGAUGGGGCAGAGAAAGUGCAGGGCGAGCAGCUCCAGAGAGACCACAGGAGGGAAGGCCCAGGCUGGGCCAGGUGACAUGGGUGAGUCGUGCCCCACAGCGUAGCACCUGCACGUGUCAGGGGGAGGCCUUACCCUGCCCUGCUGCUCCCAGGCCCCUGCUCAGGGGAGGUAGGAAGCGGAGGACAGGAGGGUCCUAGGGGCAGCAUGUGGGCGUGCUCUUCACCCUGGUGCAGCUCAGGACAAGUGCGGCGGGGCCGUGCCCUACAAGCUUUCGCAUGCUGCCCGCGCCCCUCUGCAGCUCCACAUACCUGAAGGCAGGUCAUAAAGGGCCCGGGAGGGGAAGCACGUGAUGCAGGUGAGCUCGGCAGGCGAGUUUUUAGCAGAGGACUGGGGCUGCGCUGCAGGAGUGUUUGCCUGAGCUCACAGGAGGCAGGACGGCUGCAGUGCCCUCACGCUCCUGGGACGUUCGGCAAGGCCAUGCCCAGCGCAGACGGCUCAGAGGGAGAGCUAGGAGGGGCCCGUUUCCCGGGGCUGAGGCAGGAGCUGUGGGUCCCCAAGGGCAGCGAGGCCUCAUCUUGCCCCAGCGAUGGCGAGGAGCCCAAGGGGAGGAGGAGGAGCAGGCCAGCGCGCUCCAAGGCGAGGAGGAUGGCGGCCAACGUCCGGGAACGCAAGCGCAUCCUGGACUACAACCAAGCCUUCAACGCCCUGCGGCUGGCCCUCAAGCACGACCUUAGCGGCAAAAGGCUCUCCAAGAUCGCCACGCUGCGCAGAGCCAUCCACAGGAUUGCCGUCCUGUCCAUGUCCCUGCGCUCCGGCCUGGCCCCACACUGGCCCUGCGCCCAUGCCGAGUGCCGCCCCUGGUACGAUGGGCCGGGGCAGGAGGAGAGUGCCCAGGGCAGCCGUGCCCAGCUCAUCCAGCUGCCUCUGGAGCCUGGCUACGUGGCUGCUGCAAACUUCCAGCGCUGCCCGCCGUAUGCCGGGCACACCCCUGAGAUGCAGGUCCAGCUGCACUACGAGAGCCCGAGGGACGAGUGUUUCGCAUCCAGCCCUGCUUAUCCCUGCCCCCUCGGCGUCAGAGCCGCGUGCCAGCAGAAGCACACGGACAACUUCCGAGAGGCGCCGCCUGGGCCUUGCUCUUGGCAGCCGAGGCGUUUCCAAGGCUCGGGCUGCCAGCAGUGCCUCCCGACGCACUGAACGGGACGAGGAGACACGGCCGCAGUGCUUAGGAAGGGGACACAUCUCUGACGGGUGGGAGAGUGGGAUGGCGCUUGUGCAAGAGGGAGGAAGAAAACAGGGGAGCGGGGGCCUGAGCCUAGGGAGAGCUGUGGAAGCUGUGCGAAGCACGCGGGCUUUGGGGACCUGCGGACACAGAAAGCCAAAGAGCCCAUGGGGGCAAGAAGCUGUGUUUCCUGUGGCAGGAGCUCCAACGCAGCGGGCCUGUGCUGCAAGGUGCCUCUGCUGCGCUCCGCCGUCACGCUGCAUUUGUUCUCCUCUCUUUCCGAGGAGAGUUUGGCACAAGUGGGGCGUUUUGUGUCGAGUUCUGUCUCUGUAGGGCUAACAGCCUGGGUCAGAUGAACCACGGUGAGGAGAAGGCGCUGGGGUUAAAUUGGGUGAGCGCUCAUGAAGCCUCACCGUAGGCAGUUUAAAGGUGAAUGCCUCCCCUCCGUGCCUGUGUCCCGCGGGCGGUGCCUGGGCGGGUUUGCAAACACAGUCGGCUGGGGGGGAGGCUGCACGGGCAGCGCCUGCUUCUGUCCCGUCCCCGCAGACUGCACGGCACUGGACGAUGCAGGGAGGAGCGUGAGGAAAUCUUAGUGCCGAGGCAAGACAAAAGAGCCUGGGUUAUCCCGCAGGUGAGCAGCUGGCUGGCUCCUCGGGGAGGGGACGAGGCGCAUGGGAGAACCAGGCACAGGGCCCCUGGCCUGCAGUGAGCAGGUGGCCGGGUCUGCCUGCGAUCCCUCAGACCCUGCUUCUCCUCCUGACCUGCCGCUGUUACAGUCGUCACUGCAAGGCACCUCAGUGGCAUCUUUGCUGCCUCGGUCACUGGGUGCAGCACGCUGCGGAGGCCGUAUCAGUCAAUAAAGCUCCUUCUCCCCUCCUGA